AAAAACAAGAAACUUUCUAUCAAAGCCAAACAGUCCGAGAGAGAGGAUCGUUUCUAUUUGCGAAAUGGCACGACUCUUGUUGGCCAGGACGCUCGCCGCAGCACCAGCUUCCCACCGCCCUCAACCUGCUACUACAACUCCAGCUUCUCUUCAUCUCCUCGCCAAACCGUUUUCCUCUUCUUCUUCACGGACAGACCCUCCCCCUGUGAAUCCCAAGCCCGACAAGAAGCAAUCCCAUCGACUCUCUGCCGUGAUUGACGCUCUCAAUGAUCGGAAGCUCCCCCCCGAGCUCCGUGGCCGUCGAUCCGACGCUAUCAGGUCAGAGACUGAUAUCGUUAAUGUUGUGGAGCAAAGAAUAUGGCAUUCGAUGGAAGAAGGCCAGUUUGAGAACUUACCUGGAAAAGGAAAACCUCUAGAUUUUAGUAGUAACCCGCAUGCAGAUCCUGCAGAAGACACAUUGUACAGAAUUCUCUCAAAGAAUGGAUGUGCACCUGAGUGGGUCGAACUUAACAAAGAGAUACGAUACAAAAUCACCCAAUGGAGAUCGGCUCUAAGAAAAGCUUGGGCUAACAGAACAAAUGGAAAUGAUCCCAAAUGGGCAGAAGACUCGGAAGCUUUGAAGGCGCAACUGCAUGACAUUAAUGAUAAAGUUUUUCGUUAUAAUCUCAUCGUACCAUUUGGCCGCCAGAUGUUUGGCCUUAAGUGGGAGAAAGAAAUACAUCAAAUGCAAGAGUGAUCUUUUCAAUUCUGAAGUCGGUUGAUGGCGGGAGUAUGUCGAGGUUAGCAUGUGGAGGAAAUGGAUAUAGUGGAGAGGCCCUUGUAAUUGCAUAGUUCGACUUAACUAUCUAUAUUUCAUAUGACAUCUCACUUGUAUUAUUUUAUUACUGCCUAUGUUCAUGCAUUGAUAUGUAAUACAUGCAUGUGUGGAUGCCAUUGCAUACUUAAUUUUAUUUUUUUUGUGGCAACAUGUAACUUAAUUUUAUGGGGAGUCAUUAUUGAUGCAUAAGCUUGUAUCCUACAAAAGAGAGGAUGAUACUACCAUUUCACAAAAGAAAAUAAAUCUACAUUCAGACCAAUUUAUUUAUCAA